GGAGGCGGGAGGGGCGUGCCUAGCAAGUGCCCGAAGUGAGUCUGGAGAGACUGAAGGAGAAGAAGGAUGCACAAAAGGGAAGAGGUGCUGUUCUCCCAGUGUCCUUUGUGAUUUCCUUUGAGGAAAAGAUGAAGUCAUAUGUGCUUCCUCUACUAUAUUUUCCCUCAACAUCAGAAAGUCUGCAAUGUUAAGAGGAAUUGCCAUGGUAUCAGAAUUUAUAAUUUCGAAUCAGACUAGUAACUGUCUGUCCUUUUGGCAAAAAGAAAAAUGAUGUCAAAUAGAGAUACUUUUGCCUACCAGAGUGUUGGGACAGAUUCAAAUAAGAUGAUGGAAGAAUAUAAGCAAAGCCCAGUGGAAUUACAAAAUACUAAUUUAGGAAAGGAUUCAGUGGUGAAAUCUCUUGAAAAUGAUCUUCAGGAUCUGAUGGACAGGCUCAACCAGAAAAAAUAUUCAUCGAGUCUGAAAUUCAAAACAAAUUGUGACAGUCCUGGUUCUUAUUUAACUCUUUCACAGUCUCUUCCACCUAAAUCCAGCCCUGCAUCCAGUGUAAAAAGUUUGCCAGCUGGCACCAAAAUACAAGGAAGCAAACCAUUGUCUUGUGACGGCUCUUAUCUUUUAGACAAGACUGUUUCUGCAAAGCAUAUGAGUUCUGUAUCAGGCAUGUCUCCAUCCUUAAGUGGAUACAGUCUAGCAAAGAGAGACUUUGAUAUUUAUUUCAACAGAGAAAAUGAAAAACAGUUUGGACAUCUGGAUAAAUUUCCCUACUCAAAGUACAGCCAGAAGAAUAAAUCUCAUGAUAAUGUCUACUUCCCUGGAACACUGGAUGGGCGGAAAAACUCUGGAUCUCUUAUUGCAAUAUGGAAUGGAAACUCAGGGAGUGAGAUAAUCCUUUCACCAGUUGGCAAUUCUGGAGCUGCCAGUAUGCCGUCUAGUCCAAAGCAAGGCAGGAGGAUAAACAUUCAAGAUAUCCCAUCAUUUUGCCCCAGGCAAACUAAACAAAAGGACACAACAGUGGAAACUCUGGGAUCUAGAACCAGGAAGUAUUCUGGUGGCUCACUGAAUCAUAUGGGAAUUUACAGCCGCUCAUUACCCAGGCUGUACAAAUCGUCAGAAAGCCAACUUGUUCCACUGAGUUUGCCACCAAGAAGCUCUCUUGGGAAUUCCAAAAGAAAAAAGACUGUAGAGAAAGAUUUUCUACCUCAAAGUGUACUGGAUGCUGACAAUUACCUUGAUUUUUCUUCUCACGCCUCAGGAGCUUUGCCAUUUACAAAUAUUGCAACUGACACAAACUUCUAUGUUAAUUCAACUCUUAGUGUUCCUGCAAGCCCUCGUAUAGCACGGAAAAUGCUUCUGGCCUCUUCUUCCUCAUAUGUGUCUGAUGACUUUGAUAGAGCUGGACUCUCAGGGAUGACCCCUAGUAAUUCUUUUUCUCCUGUGGGUUCUGAAAGAGCAUUCCCUCUCAGAAGGAAAGUUUCAAAUAGUUCAGUAGAGUUCGAUGAAACAGAGCUGGAAAGCAUCAGGCAAACUCUGUCCAUACGGGAGAGGAAGAAUAGCAUUAGCUCACUUUCAGGAAGGGAUGAUCUAAUGGACUACCACAGAAGACAGAGGGAAGAAAGGCUUAAAGAGCAGGAGAUGGAGCGACUGGAGCGGCAACGAUUGGAGACCAUUCUUAACCUGUGUGCAGAAUAUUCCAAACCUGACAGUGACUCUGCAACUGUAACAACUGUUGCUGAUGUUCAAAAAAUUAAUAAAGAACUUGAAAAGCUUCAGUUUUCUGAUGAAGAUUCUGUAUUUGAAGAUUCCCGGAUGACUCCAGAUACAAGAAUCAGGAACCAUUUGCAACUGUCAGCUGAUGAUUCUGACUUCUCAGAAUUCAGUGAUCUUGGUCAAAACGUUAUGGGUUUUCUUUCUCCUAGAGGGAUCAGAACGAAUAAACAUUUAAAUGAAAACAGGACACCUUCACCAUUACCACCUUGUGCCUUCCUGAAGAAUGUCAGUGAAUCUUCUUAUUUAAGCAUCAUGCCAAAGACAACAGAAUGCGUUAGUGAUGAACAACGAGCACUGGAGCUUAAUCAAAUGGAAGAACAGCACAUUAUAAUACUGAAUAACUUGGAAGAAGUUGAACAAAAGAUCAAAGAGUUAAAUGAUCAAAUGGAUGAAUCUUCCAGAGAGAUGGAUAUGGAAUGUGCCUUAUUGGAUGGGGAGCAGAAAUCUGAAACAGCUGAACUUCUCAAGGAGAAGGAAAUACUGGAUCAUUUAAACAGGAAGAUAGCAGAAUUGGAGAGAAAUGUUAUUGGCGAGAAGACGAAGGAAAAAAUAAAGCUUGAUGCUGAAAGGGAAAAACUAGAAAAGCUUCAGGAGCUUUACUCCGAGCAGAAGACCCAACUUGAUAAUUGCCCUGAGUCCAUGAGGGAACAAUUGCAACAGCAACUAAACAGGGAUGCUGAUCUGUUGGAGGUAGAAAGCAAACACUUUGAAGACUUGGAGUUUCAGCAGCUAGAACAUGAAAGCAGGCUAGAUGAGGAGAAAGAGAAUCUAACACAGCAGCUCCUGCGUGAAGUGGCUGAAUAUCAACGUAGCAUUGUCAGUAGAAAGGAGAAAAUUUCUGCUCUCAAAAAGCAAGCCAAUCAUAUUGUUCAGCAAGCCCAACGGGAACAAGAUCAUUUUGUCAAAGAGAAAAAUAACCUGCUGAUGAUGCUGCAAAGGGAAAAAGAAAACCUGUGCAAUCUAGAAAAGAAAUAUUCAUCAGUUUCAGGAGGAAAGGGGUUUCCUGUAAGUCCAAGCAGUUUAAAAGAGGAUUAUAUGAGUGUAAAUGACAUUAAUGAGCCAUAUGGCAAUUCCACGAAUUUACCCCCUUCCACUCAACCCCCCACUGCUGCUGAUGCUGUUCCCACUGAACCUUCCACAGCUGGCCAGGCGAGCCAGCCACAAAACAAAGAGCUAAGAUCAUCUCUCUGUCCUGGAUUUGUCUUUCCUCACUCCCUUUCUCCUCGCUCUCUUGCACAACUUUCACCAGUCCACUGGUCUGAGGUCAGGGCUCCAAAUAUAGAACCUUUUCCUUUACCUGACACACCACCACCUCUUCCAGCUAAGAAACACCGAAGGCAACCACAGCACUUUCGAAAUCUGGAAGAGAGAAAGAAGCAGCACAAAGAAGCCAUGUACAUGAGUGAUACUUUGCCUCGCAAGAAAACUGCUUCCUCUGUAUCACCCCAUUUCAGCAGUUCUACUCUUGGACGAAGCAUUAAGGGUCACUUGCCACUUGGACAAAGUAACAGCUGUGGCAGUGUUCUUCCUCAUUGUUUGACCAAGGAGCCUGAGUCAAGAAGGGCGCAUAAAGGAAAAGGCAAAAAAGGAGCUAUUAGUCAUUCCAAAAGUGCAAGUAUCAAAGGAUACAACCACCAGCUUAUAUGUGAAAACGAAAGCCAGAAAUCUUCUGCGUUCUACAACAGAACUGCCUCAGAAUCUAAUGUGUAUCUGAACACAUUCCAUUAUCCUGAUCAUAGUUACAAAGACCAUGCCUUUGAUACUCUAAGCUUAGACAGUUCUGACAGCAUGGAAACCAGUAUAUCUGCCUGCUCCCCAGAUAACAUUUCCAGUGCCAGUACUUCAAAUGUUGCAAGAAUAGAAGAGAUGGAAAGACUUUUGAAACAAGCUCACGCUGAAAAAACACGAUUGCUUGAAUCAAGGGAACGAGAAAUGGAAGCUAAGAAAAGAGCAUUAGAAGAAGAAAAGCGUCGCAGAGAGCAACUAGAGAAAAGGUUGCAAGAAGAAACUAGCCAGCGACAAAAACUAAUUGAAAAAGAAGUAAAAAUACGUGAGAAGCAAAGGUCACAAUCUCGUCCAUUGACACGUUAUUUGCCAGUCAGAAAGGAAGAUUUUGAUCUACGAGGUCAUAUAGAGACAGCUGGUCACAACAUAGAGACUUGUUACCAUGUUUCACUUACUGAGAAGACUUGCCGAGGCUUUCUUAUUAAGAUGGGUGGGAAAAUCAAAACAUGGAAAAAGCGGUGGUUUGUCUUUGACAGAAACAAGAGAACAUUUUCUUACUAUGCAGACAAACAUGAAACUAAAUUAAAAGGGGUAAUUUAUUUCCAAGCCAUAGAAGAAGUCUAUUAUGAUCAUCUAAAGAAUGCCUAUAAGAGUCCUAAUCCAUUACUUACUUUCAGUGUUAAGACACAUGACAGAAUAUAUUACAUGGUGGCUCCAACACCAGAAGCUAUGCGGAUAUGGAUGGAUGUAAUAGUUACAGGAGCAGAAGGCUACACUCACUUCAUGUUAUAGUAAAAUUGUGCAAAGGUUCAUAGACAGGGCAUAAUGCAAUAAUAGCGUCACAUCUUGGAAAUAAAAGCCAUAUUUAGUCACAUUUGACAAAGCCACAUAAAUAACAAGAACUCCCAGAUCAUUUCCCUUUAUUUUCCAAAACAAAACACAAAUUGUGUUAGGGAGCAUUAAUGCUUAGAUGUGUUAAUCACUGUUCUAGCAGAAGAAAAGAUGCUUAAAACAAUGCAGUGCUCCCAAAGGGUUAAUCCAAUCAUCAUGUGCCUAGCAUACAGAUUGUAUGGUAAUUUCUUACAAAUUCGAUCAUGCAGGAUUUAUCUGAUAAAAGUAAACUUUAUGGUUUAAAAAGAUACUGUGUGCCAAUAAGAAAUGAAACACAAAUGCCUGUUUUUAUUGUACUGAGUUGCUGCACAGUUAUAAAGUUAUUUUCCUUACAGGUAUAGUGUAACAAAUUUUAAAACUAGAGUGCAUGAAGUUUUUGUCUUGGUUCAUUACAGAUCCAAAGAGUCAGUGUAUAGUGAGAUUUAGAUUUAUUUAAUGGAAAUGUAUAAAACUGUUCAUAAAUGUUAACAAAUAUUGAAAACUGUUCUUUUGAAAACUCUAGACAAAUAGUACAAGUAUGAUACUAACUUCAAGUGUAAACACACAAAAUUUAGUAACUUUCUCGUUUUAAAGAGUUCAGAGAACAUUAUCAAAUGAACAGCCACAUACACAGGUCUCCUAUUUUCCUCAAAUUCUUAAUAACCAUAGCUUUCCAAGCUGUUACUUAAUGUUUUCUGUCUAUAACAUAUUCUUUAAUAGCCAAAUAAUGUAUUUUUUUUCUAUUGCAGCAAGUCAAAAUUGGUAGAUCUGCAAUUCAAAAAGUCCAGUAAUGUUUUAAAUGUUGGCAAUUUCACCAUCCCUGAAUACUGACAUUUUCACAAAAUACAAUGAGUUUGUAAAUAUUCUUCCAUCUUGCAUUUUGUCUCCACAGCAACCUUGUGAUGUAGGUGAGGCAGAAUUAGAGUUGCUAACCUCCAGGUGGUGAAGACGAAAAAACAUCAACCAUGAAGAAAUAACUAAUACCAAUAUAUAACAAUAAUUCCAAAGAAUAUAUUAUUUCCUAUCAAUCUCUAUCAAUGAAUCAUUAUAUGAAUACACCUUCAAGUCCAUAUUAAUAAAGUCCAUAUACUGUAUAAUCUGAGAUUAGUAUUCUGUAAGAUUUCAAGAUGCAACAUUCUUCUCAACUUCCAAGGGUAAAAGUUUUCUCUGAUGCUUCUUCAGUUUUCAUAGAAAGUGCUUGUGCCAGUCUCAAUAAUUCAAUAAAGUGCUUAUAAACAAUCCAGUUGUUGAGUUUUAUCAAUUUCACAUUCCAGUGUUGGCAUGGACCCACAUAUAAGCCUUUGACGGUGCUCUCAACUAUGUAGCCGUUUCUCCCCAAGUCUCUUUCAAAGAGGCAUAAUCAGAAGUCCAUAUCAUUCCAAUUAGGACAGCUAAGUCUCAACACAUUUUGCAGAAGUGGCAGAGAAGACCUUUCACUUGGAAGUAGAGAAGAUUGUUGCAUCUUGAAAUCUUACAGAAUACUAACUUCAGAUUACACAGUUUAUGGACUUCAUAAAUAUGGACUUGAGUGUGUAUUCAUGUAAUGAUUUGUUGAUAGAGACAUAGGGAAUAAUAUAUUAUUUGUAAUUAUUGCUAUACUAGGAAUAAAGCCUGUUGUGAAGAAAAAUACAAUGGGCUUUAGAAAGAGGUGGUGAGUGAGUACCCCCCACCCUUGCUGUCUUCCCACCCAAGUGAAAGCAUUCACUCCGCCCCCCACCUCCAGGGAAAUUGAUCUCUGCCAUCUGGACAGCAGUUGUAAUUCUGAGUGAUCUCCAGCCCUCACCUGGAGAUUGGCAAGAGUGGUUCCCUAGGAAGAAAUGUCUGAUUUGGAGGGUGGAGUCCAUGGCAUUGUACCUGUCUGAGUUCCCACUUGUCCUCAAACCCACUCUCCAGGCUCCACCUCUCAAAUCUCCAGGAAUUUGCCAACCUGGAGUUGGCAGCUGCUAAGUCACAAUGGCUGUCAUAGGGGGGCUGCUGCUGAACAGGAGCAAACAGCUAAACCUAGUUAAGUCAUGCCAGUCAGGUGGCAUCAAGUCACCCAGAGGGUGCUAGCAGGUCUUGGGUAGCCAAACUCCAGGUGAAGCCUGAAGAUCUGAGUUCACAACUGAACUCCAGACAACAGAUCUCUUUUCCCCUGGAGAAAAUAAUUGCUUUGGAGGGUGGACUCUAUGGCAUUAUAUUCAGCUGAGGGCUUAGCAACAGCCUCUAGCUGGCAGCUCUUCAAGUGGGCUAUGGCCUUUGAGGAAACGCUUUGUGAGGCCACAGUAGAGUGGCAGCCCUCUCUGAGGCGUUUAUGGAGAGGAAACAAGCUUCUGAGAUGUGUCUGUCUCUGAGGUAACUAUUUUGGCAGUUUGUUCAGUGUUCUUGGGCCUGCAGUAGGCGGAGUAUAGGAGAGUCAGCCAAUGGGGACCCAGAGGUGGUAACUGAUGCAUGAUGGGCCAAUGGUUUGUUAAGUGCACCCAUCAGCCAAUGGGAGGGCUCCAUUUGGCCAUCACCAUAGGAGAAUUAUUAUCUAUGAUAUUGGUAUUAGUUAUUUCUUCACAGUUUAUGUUUUUUCAUCUUCACCCUUAUCUGUGAUUCUCUGGUUUGCAACCUCCUGGUGACUGCAGCUCUUCCAGUAUUUCAGCUCCUCUCCAGGCUAAAUUCCCCUGGAGAUACUGGCUGUUUUGGAAGCUGGAUUGCAUGUUCUUUCACACCAAACCCUGCCCUCCGCCAGAUCCACAUCCAAAAUCUCCAGGAAUUUCCCAGCUCAGAGCUGGCAGUCCUAGGCUGAGUGUGCAUGACUGGCCCAAGGUUACUCACUGAGCUUCAUGGUCUGGUGCCAAUUUGAAACUGGGUCUCUCCAGUUCUAAUCCAACACUAACCAUUAGAGCACACUGACUUUUUAGUUCCUUCAUGUCCUAUGGUCACUGGCUGCAGUUUGAUGAAUGUCUGAAUGUUAAAUAUAUAGACCUGUUCUGUGUUGUAAACUAAAUAGCUGCUGCUGGCUCCCAGUCUUUGCUAUUUUUCAUUCCUGAUUCCAUCCCCAGGGCCACUAGCAAGCAUUAGUUAUGACCCCUGUUACCAUGUGCAUUUAAAUCAUAUAUAUAUCUUCAAUAAAUAAAUGCAUUUUCCAUAAAUGCAUGUGAAGAAGCUUUUUGCUGAAAGAAAUGUGGUUGUUUGUUUGUUUUUUAAAAAAAGAACAAUUUCCCUGGAGCCAAGUAUGGUACAUAAAAUAUACUAGUACUGAAAUCAUGUAACUAAUGGUUGACUUUGACCCAGGGGAUCAGCUAUAGUAUGGUGGGGCAGAAAUGGUCUUCUAACAUGAGCUCAAGACAAUCUUUAUAAUUUUCAUGUAGUCAAUGGACUAAAAUAACUCUUUUGUAGAGAUCUUUUCUAUUUCAAAAUACACUUUCAGUCUUGAAAGGACUGGUUGAAUUUUGAACUCCAAGUGUGUGUUUGAUGUUUUCUUUUAGUAAUUUGACUUUAAGUGCCAUGUUUUCAAUGCAAUAAAUUGAAAUUGUUACUUGUUUAAGCAGAUUAUAAAUAAUAAAACACACUUGGCAAAAUUGUUGCCAUUUGAAAAUAUAUAUCCUGCAUGAAGAGAUGAGUUGUGUAAGAUAUAGUAUACCCAAGUAAUGCAGUUAUAGUAGUUGAAAUGCCAGAAACCUAAAUACAUUUACUUGAAGGUAAAUAGCACUGAAAUUUAUUUCCAAGUUAACAGUGCUUAGAAUAAUUGUUUAAGGCAAUAUUCCCUUCAUUUAAUGGAGACUUUGGAGUAAACUGAGGAAUGUACUAUAAAUUAUAUACCCGACAGAAAGAAAUUGUGAAUAACAACAUGAAUGAACUGUUACUGCAAAGUCUAACUUGUAAUCUUAAAAGAUCUAAUUAACAGUAUUUUCAGUGUUUGAAGAUAAAUUCCAGAAACAAAUGGCAUUGGUUUAUAAAAUUUCUAGCAGACAUUGCGAUUUUCCUUCUCUAGUAAUUUUACACGUUUUAUAUAUUUUUUUGAUCUUGCAUGUUGUAAUAACACUUCAAUAAAUGUUCAAAAA